AUGAGGAAUAUUGGAAAUCAACUUACAAUAACUGAAUUAAUUGAAAAUAGAGUCUCACAUAUAUUAAAGUUUUCCUGGAAAACUAGUGACGGGAAAAUUUUUAAACUUUUUGCAUGUAAAGAGGAAGGUGAGAAGCUCAUUUUUUCAAAAUUUCAAAUUUUUCCAGUAGAAAACAGUAACAUGAAAAAUUUUGGAAAUCAGCCUACAAAAACUAUAGGUAUUCAUUAUUCUUUUGAAUUUUUUAAAUUCGACAAUUACUCAUAAAUU